CGCGUACUUGUUGUUAUCAUCAACGCGCUUGUAGCAUUCCGUCGAGCAAUCCGUCGUUGUUGCCGCCGUUUAGUCCGUCGUUCGUUGAUUACGUCGUCUCUCGGUGCCGCCGUCGCGCGUGAUCUUCAGUCUCGCGAUCGCAAGUGUGUAAAUCGCAACGAGAGAAUCAUCAACUCCUCGGCGCGAAAAUCGUUCAAAGCUCAAUUUCGUUCAUUGAACUUUUCCCAUUAAGCGCUGCUAAAAAAAAAGUGAAGUGUUUGAUUCGCGGAUCAUCCCCCGCGCUUCCGAUAAGAUUAUAACGCUGAUAUAUUGUUAAAAUAUACCACGCGCUUGCUGGAAACCCGACACUUGGAAACGCGAUUUUACAGAGAAGACGCCUCUCUUCCCGUUAUCCUGCGCGCCGACGACGAGCCCGCCCAAAAUAACCGUGACGUGUUACACUGUGUCGCACUGGCGGGAGAACAUCGCACGCGCUUGAUUUCUUUCUCGGCCGAAACGUUCUCGAAGUUUGAAAAAAAAAAAAAAAACGGAACACAACCAUGAGUCUGGAGGUGAUGUCAAACGCGGAUAUGGAUCUCAUCGAGGUUCUGUGGAAGCAGGAUGUGGAUUUGGGAUUCACUCUGGUGGAACCGACGCCUACCAAAAAACCGUCUACAUCCGAAAAAGAAUCGGCGGAUGAAAUCGAGAAGCUGAAGGCCUUGGAAGCUAUUAACUCCGCCAAUCAAAAGGACGACGCGGCGAAAGAACCCGAAGAAUCGCAAGAGGAUGAUCCUUGGGCAGGACUCCCGUACACCGUUGAUCUAGAAACUGGCGAGUACAUUCUCAGUUCCGGAAGUCAGAACGGAAGUCAAAGUAGCAUCGUCGACAAGGACGAUCCGCUUCUCAACGAAGCUUCGUUGGCUUUGGACAACGAUCCCUUGGCUGACUUAACGAAUGAUUCUCUCGGAUUAAACGACACUCUAGGACUCGAGCAUGACUUUACUUCAGAAUUACUCGGUGGUGGUCUCUUGGAAAGCGGCGUAGAGGGUCUUCUUAGCAACGAUACUUUGGGCUUGCCCGACGAAUUCAAUCUCGAGGAGGCGCUUCAGCUCGUUGGCCUCGAUGAGGCUCAACCAGAGGAAACGAAGCCGGAAGUGAAGAAGGAGAAGGAAGAGGACACAGUCGAGGAUUCCGCGAGAGCAGAGGACGACGCGGGCAUCACCGCCUCGAGUAACACCGAGGUCGCGAAGUCAUCCAAGUGCGAGGAUCCCGAGACCGGCGACAUGAUUCACACACCGCAGUUUCAUCAUCCACAUCAUCCGCACCACCGCUCCUUCCAGGGUCGCAUGCCGUUCAUGCGAGCUAUGGGCAUGGAGCAGCGGUGGCAGGAUAUCGCGUCACUUCUGUCCCUGCCGGGAGCACCGGAUCACUUCGCGCAUCCCGCACAUCCUGGAUAUCCAGGACACGGUAUAAGUCACAGUCAUUACGAGGCUCAGCGCAACGUGUUACUUCACAAUCCCACGUUAGCGCCCCCCGUCGGAGAUUUGAAUUCGACAGGACCUUAUCACAAUGUGGGUGGGUCGUCAAAUUUGGGUUCAGCUGUGGCAACGUCGAUGAAUUUGACAAACAGUAGCGAGCCAAUGGGUGCGGAAAGUGGGGCGACUUACAAAUCUGAACCUAACGAUAUGAUGUAUUAUCACGCACCUCCAACAACAGAACCCAUCAACCAAACCGACGGAUUUCUUUCGUCUUUACUUAAUGACGAGGACUUGCAUCUGAUGGAUAUGGCCAUGAACGACGGCAUGUACACCAUGCGAAUGUUGGACAACGGUAGCAACAAUGCGUCCGGACCGACCGGCGCGGCGGCUCUACCGGGUGUUCAAACAGCUGGUGGCACAACUCCAGCUACAACGGGCGUCACGACUUUGCCUGGUGUAACCGACGAAAGAAUGGACGCUUCGAGCGAUAGCGCCGUGAGUAGCAUGGGAAGCGAACGCGUACCGUCUCUGUCGGACGGCGAGUGGAUGGAAACUGGAUCCAAUUCCAGUCAUACUCAGGCGGACUCCCAUUACACCAUGGAUUACGCGAGCAAGUAUCGCAUGCCAUACGACUGCAACUACUCGGUAUCCGGGAGAAACGCCGCCUCUCCGAGAUGUCAGACGGAACGAACGGUGCCGCCUGUCGCGCAGAAAAAACAUCAGAUGUUCGCCAAGCGAUAUUUUCAGGAACAAGGCACUUGCUCACCUUUAGGGGCUACCACACACCCGACCACUCCGAUGAAGUACGAAUACGACACGCACACGGUCGGUGCCGGUGCACCCGCAAACACGUAUUCCGGACCAAUCGAGGGUGCAGCCGGGCCGCAGUCAGAAUUGAAAUACAGUUAUAGCGUGGAUUUCAGCCGUCAUCAAUCCGGGCGAUCUGCAAUAGAACAUGUUCAUCAUAAUCACACCUAUCAUUUACCUGCCGAGAGCUCAGGUUCUCUUCAACGUCCUAUUUCCCGUGACAAGAAAGUUCGCAAAACUGAAGAAGAGCAUCUAACGAGAGAUGAGAAGAGAGCGAGAGCGUUAAAUGUACCGAUCGCAGUCACUGACAUCAUCAACCUUCCCAUGGAUGAGUUUAACGAACGUCUCAGUAAAUAUGAUCUCAGCGAAGCCCAACUAUCCUUAAUACGCGACAUUAGAAGACGAGGCAAAAACAAGGUCGCCGCGCAGAAUUGUCGUAAACGCAAAUUAGAUCAAAUCAUAAGUCUGGCUGACGAAGUAAAAGAGAUGCGAGAUCGUAAGAACAGGCUUCUUCGCGAGCGCCAAUACAUGCUCAUUGAGAAGCAGCGAGUGAGAGACAAAUUUAGUCAGCUUUACCGUCACGUUUUUCAGUCCUUACGAGAUCCAGAUGGUAAUCAAUACCAUCCGUACGAAUAUAGUCUUCAACAGUCUGCGGACGGAAAUAUUCUACUAGUUCCCAGAAAUCAGACGAAUCCGCAUCAGUCACAUCAAUCUUCGAUAGAGCCGAAGACGAAACCCGAUCCCGAGCGCAAGGAAUGAAACUACUGUCGUAGGAUUCAAUCGCGUGAUUGGAUUUGAGGAAUUUGAUUUGAACAGUGCGUCCAGAACGCAGGAAAAGCGAAUAUGAUGUCAAAGAGAUGAGACCCUUACAGAAGUUUAUUAUUGGUGCGGGUAAAAAUUAAUACGUCUUUUUUUUAAGUAAUAAAGGCACUAUUUAGCAAAUUGUUUUAUCUAUGAAUAUAUACAUACAUAUAUAUGUAUAUAUAUAUGUGUGUGUGUAUG